GCUUCCUGGGGCGGAAAAGACGCUCCUUUCAAUACCUACUUCGUUUUCUCCUCCCUCCUCCCUCCUCCGUCCUCCAACGGUUGUGGCUUACCUGCUGCUCGAUCUCCUCUUGGUUCGCAUCUCGAUCUCUUCUUUGAUAUCAAUCCAAUGGGAGAUUCGACGUCCCCAAGCGACGGCCCAGCCGAGCCGAGGAGGAAAUCCAAGAAACCCAAAUAUUCGAGAUUUACACAACAAGAGCUUCCUGCUUGCAAACCUCUACUAACUCCAAUGAUUGUAGUAACGACAUUCGCUUUGAUAGGAAUCAUCUUCAUUCCAAUUGGACUUGCUUCCUUGUCUGCAUCAGAGCAAGUGGUUGAAAUUGUUUAUCAAUAUGACGUGGACUGCAUUCCUGAGCAAUCACAGAAUGACAAAGUGGCAUUCAUUCAAAGCAGUGUGACUAAUAAAACUUGUACCAGAACUUUAACUGUGCCAAGGCACAUGGAUGGUCCUGUUCAUAUUUAUUAUGAGCUUGACAACUUCUAUCAGAACCAUCGCAGGUAUGUUAAAAGCCGAAGCGAUAAGCAACUAAGAAGCAAGGCAAGUGAGAAAGUAACCACUAACUGUGCACCUGAAGCCACAACUUCAGAUGGCUCUGUAAUUGUUCCAUGUGGCCUCAUUGCUUGGAGCUUGUUCAACGAUACAUACUCAUUUGCAAUAGACAGUAAAACAAUUGAGGUGAAUAAAAAGAAUAUAGCCUGGCAAAGUGACAAAGAACAUAAAUUUGGAAAUAAUGUUUAUCCCAAGAAUUUCCAGAUGGGAGGUCUGAUAGGAGGCGCCAAGCUCAAUGCCAGCAUACCUUUGAGCGAGCAAGAAGAUCUCAUUGUUUGGAUGAGAACAGCUGCCCUGCCAAAAUUCAGAAAACUAUAUGGCAGAAUCGAAAUGGACCUUGAUGCCAAUGACCAAAUAACAGUGACGAUACAGAACAACUACAACACAUAUAGUUUUGAGGGGAAGAAAAAAUUGGUACUUUCAACUACCUCCUGGAUAGGUGGGAAAAAUGAUUUCCUCGGUACUGCUUAUCUCACAGUUGGUAGUCUAUGCCUAUUUCUUGCAAUGGCCUUCAUAGUUCUGUAUUUGCUGAAACCAAGGACUCUUGGAGAUCCUUCAUACUUAUCUUGGAACAGGAAUCCUGAUGGACAUUACUAGAAGCCUUAGCUCAAUUUUCAUUCCAGAGUCACUAAAAACCUGUGCGUGCGAAAGUUUUCUUUCAACCAAACAAGAUAUUCAUGUACUUAAAUGAAUGCCUUAUUUGUAAUAUAAUCGACAUGUGGAUCGAUAUGGACUUAUCUGAAAUAUAAUGGACAUGUGGACCACCAAUUUCGGACUGUCCGCAUGUAGUA